GAGCCGCCCGCGCCCCCCCCUACCUCCCCGCCGCUGCCUGCCUGCCCGCCGGCCUCCUACAGCCCUGCCGCCCUGGGAGCUCCGCGACCGUCGCCGCGCGCCGGACGACUCGCUCGCUCUCCCUUCCACCCGGGCUGGGGAGGCGGCGGCGGCGGCGGCGGCGGGGGCGGCGGAGACCGUCACUGGAGGAGGCAGCUGCGGCGGGGCCGAAUCCUAAUGCUUUGGGCUAACUGGUGGUGAGCUGGGGCUUUGGGGCCAUUGUGGUUGGCUCCCCGAGGAAACUUCUUGAAGCCAAUGGAUGCAUUCAUGGGCUCUGGGCUCAAGAGGAAAUUUGAUGAUGUGGAUGUGGGCUCAUCAGUUUCCAACUCUGACGAUGAGAUCUCCAGCAGUGACAGUGCUGACAGCUGUGACAGCCUCAACCCACCCACAACUGCCAGCUUCACACCCACAUCCAUCCUAAAGCGGCAGAAGCAGCUACGAAGGAAGAAUGUCCGCUUCGACCAGGUGACUGUAUACUACUUUGCCCGGCGCCAGGGUUUUACUAGUGUGCCCAGCCAGGGUGGGAGCUCUCUGGGUAUGGCCCAGCGCCAUAACUCUGUACGCAGCUACACACUUUGUGAGUUUGCACAAGAGCAAGAAGUGAACCAUCGAGAGAUCCUUCGUGAGCACCUGAAGGAAGAGAAACUACAUGCCAAGAAAAUGAAGCUGACCAAGAAUGGGACUGUGGAGUCUGUGGAAGCUGAUGGCCUGACACUGGAUGACGUUUCAGAUGAAGAUAUUGAUGUGGAAAAUGUAGAGGUGGAUGAUUACUUCUUCCUUCAGCCCCUGCCCACCAAACGGCGACGGGCCCUGCUGAGGGCUUCUGGGGUCCACCGCAUUGAUGCUGAAGAGAAGCAAGAACUUAGAGCCAUCCGCUUAUCCCGGGAAGAGUGUGGUUGUGAUUGUCGGCUGUAUUGUGACCCAGAAGCAUGUGCCUGUAGCCAGGCUGGGAUUAAAUGCCAGGUAGAUCGCAUGUCCUUUCCUUGUGGCUGCUCCAGGGAUGGCUGUGGGAACAUGGCUGGGCGGAUUGAGUUUAAUCCAAUCCGUGUGCGAACUCAUUACCUCCACACUAUCAUGAAGCUGGAGCUAGAGAGCAAGCGGCAGGUGAGUCGCCCAGCAGCUCCUGAGGAGGAACCUUUGCCUACUGCCAGCUGCAUCCUGCCAGGAGCCCAGGGCGCUGAGACACAGGACUUCCAAGAGUUCAUCGCUGAGAAUGAGACUGCAGUGAUGCACCUGCAGAGCGCAGAGGAACUGGAGCGGCUCAAGGCAGAGGAAGACUCGAGUGGCUCUAGUGCCAGCCUGGACUCAAGCAUUGAGAGCCUUGGUGUGUGCAUCCUGGAGGAGCCCCUGGCUGUUCCUGAAGAGCUGUGCCCUGGCCUUGCUGCCCCCAUUCUCAUCCAGGCUCAGCUGCCCCCAGGCUCCUCUGUCCUGUGUUUUGCUGAGAACUCGGAACACCCAGCUGCUUCCCCAGUGAGUAGCCCAUCUUACUUGAACAGUGGACCCCUGGUCUAUUACCAGGUGGAGCAGAGGCCAGCCUUGGCAGCGCAAGGAGAAUCUGGCUUAGAAGAAGGCAAGGAGAAGGACCUGCGUGUCUUCUCCCUCCCUGUUACCUCACUGGUAGCCUGCCCCUCAGACUCAGCUGCUCUCUGUAAACCAGAGGCAGGGAAAUCACCCACUGUCGAUGCACUGUUGCCCAAUGACCGUAACCCCGAGGAACCUCAGAGUGAAGACUUGGGGCCCUCUUGGUCUCCUUCAGGCCUCCCCGUCCGAACGGACAAUGAAGAAGGCAGUGGAGGGCAGAAUUCCCAGCAGGGUGAGGACCGGACCUCUGAAGACUCUGCCCUUGAACUCCGUCUAGCAGUGUGAUGUGGGGAGAUACUGCCUCUUAUCUAUUAUUUAUUACCUAAUGCCAUUUCAAACAAGACUGUUGCUCCCAGGUUACUUUAUUGGAAUCUUUGGGAAAUGGGUGGGAAAGGAUUGUUUGUACAAGUAUUUUUUAAAUGGGAAACAGUACCCAGGUGACCAGCUGAAUGGGGAUAGAGUCUUAAGGGAGGCUGCACAGUGCUUAUAACUGAGCUUUUCUAGGCCAUCAGAACAAAGAUGUAGGAUCACACAGAAUGAGCUGGGUAAUUCAAGCAGCUGUUGUUUCUGUCUAGGGACCAGAACCCGAGAAUUCCUGGCAAAGCCCCUUCUCUCCUGGGGUCCAGGCAGGGUACACACUCACUUCUCUGGUUGUUCUGAUAUCCCACCUUGGUGAUUCACAGUCAUACUAUCAGAAAGGUCACCUAGCUGAAUCUAGAAAGGAGAGAGGAAAGGUCUCUGCUUCUGUACAGAGUUCGAGGUUUCUAAAAAUUUAAUCUGUGCUCCCAACCCUUACUGAUAAAUGAGUUACUAUUUGACAUGUUCCACACUGGGGGUUCCUGGUCUGCAACUUGAAUUAUUUCUGUCAUACGUUCUUAGGUACUAGAGUUUAAACCUGUCUUUUCCUCCAUUCUUUUCCUUGAAAGAAAACUAGAUUGGAUGAGACUGGUGCAAUGAGCAAGAGCCUUCUGCACCAUUAGGCAGGGCUCACCCAUUCCACAAGUUAGUGUGGAAUAGUCUAGAAAGAUAACUUGUGCUUGCUUUCUCACCCAGGACAGUCUCCCAUCCUCCUUUGGGAGAUUUGAGCUUUAAAUGGAAUAUAUGAUGUGGCGAUAAUAAGGUUAUCAACUAGAUGAUUCUUUUUUCUGUACCUACCCUCGUGAUCCAUCUUGGAUAUGUAGGGUUAGAGAGUUCUCACAGUAUUCCAGUUCAGUCCCACCAAUUGCCAGUGUUUACUGGACCCCUCCAUCUUGGUGUUUCAUGAGAACUGGAAGCCAAACAAAUUCUUAAGUACCACACGGGACUCCGGGCUUCCCAAAGAUAAUUCAAGACUGGAUUUGAAAUGUUUAGAAUGGGUCUUACACUCAGUGCUAACCUCUUGUCAGUGGUUCUUGCUCCUCUCCUGUUGUUACAACAUCUCUACUGAACACUGACUUCUUUUUAUUGAUAGUUUUCUUUGCUUCUUUUGUAAAAUGGAGUCAAGAGGGAGCAAAACACUAUUUUUCUCUACCAUUGUUUAUACCGUGCUUCAUUUCUGACAAGAUUUAUUAACCAGAAAAGGAAAAUAUUUUUGUUUCUCUGAGCUAGUAUCUCACUAUGUAGCCCUGGCUGGCCUAUGACAGUGAUGUAGCCCAGGCUGGCCUCCAACUUGUGUUGAUCUCCCUGCCCCUGCAUCCAGGAUUACAGGUGUGUAACCUUGCUCAGCUUCUUUUCUUUAUUUUUGGAGGGAUAGUAAAGCUCUGGUGUCUUAAGCAAACUUCAUGUAUUUGGCAGUAGAAAUAACUGUAAAAUCUCAGUUCUAAGCAUGAAAGACAUUGCAUUUAACACAGAUGGGUUCUAAUCCAUUCUGCCUUUCUGUUCAUUCCUGGUUUUGCUUGGUUUUAUUAUAAAUUGGAGUUUUUAAUGAAGUAUGUAGGUCCAUAUCUCUCCCUAGUUCCAUGAAACAGAGCUCUCUUAAGUACCUCAAUUCUAGAUGUUCCACUCCUCAACCUACAAUAGCACUGUCAAAUCCAAGACUGCAGCUUAAUUGGGAAAUUGGCUGGAGGGAAGAAUCCUUUUAGAAGUUUGCUGGAAAGAGAGGAGGCUCUGCAUACUCCAUACUCCCUCCUUAGGAAGACACCAAAAUAAUUUAUCCCUUGGAGUCUAAUUAUCAUUAAGAAACACAGUGGCCUCUGGAAUCAAAUGAAUUUAAAUUUAUAAUCACUAAACUCAUCGCCAACUCCCAAAAUAUGUGUAGUUCUGCAGGAUUCUAGUUUCUUAAUCUAAAUCCACUUCUUCAUUAAUUAUAUAGUUCCGACUCAAACUGACCCCAAACUUGUAAAUGCUGAAUAUUAUCAUUUAGCAUAAUAGCAAAGGGCCUUUUCUACAGCUUAAUCCAUCUCAUUUCUGGUGCUGCCUGAGUUGAACAAAAUCUAUAGCUCAUGGUUGUUAGGAAGGCUAUGCCUCUGAUCACAGAAGCAGAUCAUGCCAGUCCCACUCAGUCUAGGCUAGAAGUGACUCAUGACCACAACUCGUUAGUCUUGGUUUCCUUUCCCACUUGCUGUGCACAGGUAGUACCUUCAGUGUGAACCCAAAGCUUGUCUGGUUCUUGGAAAACAAUUUUUCCCUUUUAGGUUCUUUAUAUUGUAAUAAUGCUGUAUUUAAAGAGAAUAUUUAAAUGUAAUAUUAAAGAAAUAUUCAAAAGAA